UAGAAAUGAUGAAUCUGCCGUGGAAAACGAGUAGAAAGAAAGGACGCAGCCUUGGUGAUCAGUUCUUAUAUAAGAACAUGGCCAUAGGAGGAAGAUAAGCAACCCGAGCGCUGUCAUGGCUUCUAACGGAUGCAGGCCCUCUCUUUCCAUCCAUGCCAUCGUCUCUCUCGUGCUUCUGCUGCUUGCUGCCGCUGCUUCCUGUCUCCCGGCUUCAGCAGCAGACAACCCAAAGCAGUCGAACAAACCUUCUCUGAAGACAGUGCAGAGUCCAGAUGGCGACAUCAUCGACUGCGUUCCCUCUCAUCUCCAACCGGCAUUCGAUCAUCCCAAGCUCAAAGGACUGAAACCCUUGGAGCCGCCGGAGAGACCCAAAGGCCGUAAGGCCAAGUCCAUGGCUGGUGGCAUCACCCAGUUGUGGAGAGCCUCCGGGGCGACGUGCCCACAGGGAACAGUUCCGAUUAGAAGAACCACGGAAGAAGAGGCUCUGCGAGUGAGGAAGUAUGCGAGGAAGCUUGAAGAGGGUGCAGCAGAAAAUCCCUUCCCUAAUCAUGAGUUUGCAAUUGGAACGGUGGAAGAUGAAAACUUGUACUACGGUGCAGAAGCCACCUACAACGUGUGGGCGCCUACGGUGGCCAACGAAGGCGAGUUCAGCGUAUCACAGUUUUGGCUCACUUCUGGCACUUACGCCACCAACCUCAACGCCAUCGAAGCCGGGUGGCAGGUUCUAUACGGAAAUAGCUAUCCAAGAAUCUUCAUUUACCGGACGGAUCAAAAUGAUGGGAACUGGUGGCUGGAUUUGAACUCCACCACGGUCGGCUACUGGCCGUCGUCCUUGUUCAGCCACCUCGCGGACAACGCAACCACGGUGCAGUUCGGCGGCUCGAUCGUCAACAACGGCCCUUCCGGCGUCCACACCGCCACCCAGAUGGGCAGCGGCUACUUCCCAGAGGAAGGCUUCGGCAGAGCUGCUUACAUUCGUAACCUACAAGUGGUGGACGCCACCAACACCCUCGUCCCGGUGCAGAGCCUCAACCUCACUGCCGAAAAGCCCAACUGCUACAACAUAACCAAAGGCGUCAACAGUGACUGGGGGAUGUCCUUCUACUUUGGAGGCCCGGGAAGGAGCGAUGUGUGUCCUUGAGCAACCGGAGCAACUCCUUUCUCAUCUACUGCUUUCUUCUCCGAUGGUUGUGCCUGUGUCUUUGUGUGGAAUAAUGGUGGUCUUUGUUGCAUUUGCUUUGGUCUAAUACAAGCAGAUCAUGAAUAUACUACAGUAAUAAAUGCGUUAUCUCAUUAAAGCAA